CUCACGUCAAACUAAUAGUUAAAUGCUGUUCACAUAUCGCUUUCUUCACCAAAUCUCGAAUUAAUUGAAAAAUAUGAUUGAAUCAGGCAGACUUUUGAUUCUGUACGGCAGCCAGACUUUUACAGCACAAGAAGUAGCCGAGAGAAUAUGGCGGAAGAGCAAAGCACUGGGUUUUCGGGGGCCUGUGCAGGCAAUGGAUGAGUAUCCUAUUUCUCAGCUUAUUCACGAAGAAUAUGCAAUAUUCGUGUGUUCCACUACAGGGCAGGGCGAUGAGCCGGAUAAUAUGAAGAAGUUCUGGAAAUUUCUCCUUAGGAAAGGCCUUCCAAGUAAUUCUUUAGUCAAGUUGAAGUUCGGUGUGGUUGGUUUGGGCGAUUCGUCGUAUGCGAAAUUUAAUUUCGCGGCGAAGAAGCUACAUAAAAGACUUUUACAGUUAGGAGCUACGCCUUUUGUAGAUAUAGGUCUUUGCGACUAUCAACAUGACUUAGGUCACGAUGCUGUGCUGAUACCCUGGACUAAGGAAUACUUCUACAAACUCAAAACAUUCUUUCCCACCAUACAGCCGGAGAAUAUUAAAUCUACCUUUAUACCUCGAUGGAAAGUGUCCUUGCUGAAAAAUGAGACUCAUAUAGAAAAUAAUACCCAUACAAUAAGUGAAGACAUAUAUUUUAGUAGAGGACAGACUGACGAUUUCAUUGACGCUAAACUUCUAGAAGUAGAAAAGAAUGACAGGAUCACACAUGAGGAACACUUUCAGGAUGUAAGACUAAUGGUCCUAAGUUCAUCAGACAACAGUCCUUUAGACUAUAGUCCGGGCGAUGUGUUCAACGUACGACCUCGGAACUGUAAGGAAGAUGUAGAUGAUUUAUUUGAAAUAUUCAAUACUCAUGGAAUUGACAUAAAACCGCAUUAUAAGUUAUUAGUGGGGGAGUGUUAUGAUGACAUGCCUGUCCCAUCUUUUCUACAGCAACCACUAACCAUUUACGAAAUAGCCGAACAGUAUUGGGAUUUGAAGGCGUACCCGACGCAAUAUGUUUUCUCUCUUCUUUCAUUAGUGUCGGAGGAUACGUUAGAAAGAGAGAAAUGUAUAGAAUUGAGUUCGCCUGAGGGGCAAGAGGAGUGGUUGAACUACAGUCGGAGGCCGAAGCGGACUAUUUUGGAAGUACUUCACGACUUCCACAAGUCAACUUCGAAACUAUCAAUCGAAAUAUUAUUCGAAUUAUUCUCCACCAUCAAACCGCGGUCGUUCUCAAUCGCCAGCAGUCGUCUGCCGUCGCCACAGAAGCUAGAACUCCUGCUGGCCGUGGUCACAUACCAUACCAUACUGAAGAAGGAGAGAGCAGGGCUCUGUUCUAACUGGUUGAAGAGUUUGAAUGAGGGGGACAGGAUAUACGGGUGGACUAAGAAAGGGACGUUCACUUUUCCUAGCGAUACGUCAAUCCCUUUGAUUACCAUCUGCCCAGGCACCGGCCUUGCUCCAAUAAGAAGCUUGCAACAAGAACGAAUCUAUCAAGCCACGGCUUCAAAAGACACGAUGUACCUUUUCUUCGGCUGUCGAUACAAAAAUAAAGACUUUCAUUGUCGAGAGGAAUUGGAAAAAAUGGUGGAAGAAGGGAAGUUAACUCUAUUCUGCGCGUUCUCGAGAGAUCAAGAGAAUAAAGUUUACGUGCAACACAAAAUCACCGAACAGAAAAGCCUACUAUGGGAGCUCAUAAACAACAAGAAAGCGUGCAUCUACAUAUCAGGAAACGCUAAAAAUAUGCCAGACAAUGUGAAAGACGCGUUCGUAGAAGAUGUAUUCAGUAAAACUGGUGGUAUGUGCUUAGAAGAUGCUAAGGACUUGAUGAAAAAGUUUGAAGAACAAAAAAGAUUGCAAAUCGAAGCUUGGUGAUAUCCUAAUUAAAGUUUAAAAAUGUGAAAAGCAGAAAUCAUUUAUUUUCUCAGGAUAUGGUAUAAGUCAGUGUUACAGAAUCUAUAUUCUGCUAAUUAUUAUUAGCAUGCAAAUAUUAAAAAAUCACGAAUACUAUAAAAACGAUUAGUAAUUAGCCAUUCGCGUAAUUUACAAGUCAUUAGUGCUAAUUCCUGCAGACGCCAUCUAAUUUUAUUUUAAGUUAUACCUGUCAUUUUCUUACCCGCUGAAAUAGAAAGGGACGGGUAAUCGACAGGCAUAAAAUUUAUGGAACGCACGUCAAUUUUAAGCAGAAAUCUAUAACAACCGUCUAAUAAUUUUAUAGCGGCCAAUAACCCGACAGAAUUAAGUAAACAGCACGUCAAAUGGAUUGCAUACCAGCGAGAUGCCUAUUUUAUUCGCCCGGGUUAUUCAUUAAUUUUAAAAUUAACUUGUUAACAAUCAUCCGUCCCUUUCCUUUUCGGCGGAUAUGAAAAUGACGGGUAUGACUUAAAAUAAAAUUAGGACGUGUCUGCAGGAAUCGGGGCUAUUAUUUUAGUGGGUACGUUUUUAAUUUUUUCAGGUAUCUUAUUGUAUACUUUAUGUACAUGUUAUGCGGGCCUUCCAAACAAAGUGUAGUUCUUGGACGGUAGUCCCUUGAACCGCUAGGUUCUCUUAGUAGUCUGUGGUCCCUUGCUAGUUCGUGUGGUAGCCGUCUUUUUCUAGGAUUCAUAUCAGCUGUCGUCUUAAACAAAUAUCCAUGCUUCUUAAUAAAUUUAAAUACAUACAAGGGACUGUUAAGUUCUUAAAUUUACGACACGAAAUAUAAGGUACUUUGUUACAGGCUCUAAUAUACUGUUUUUGAGCUAUAA